AAGGCUUAAACAGAGACAACAAAUACCGAAGUUACCGGCCAGAAUGUCCUUUUCUCAUAAUAUAUAUAUAAAAGCUGCCGGCUUUGGUUCAUUGCACAUCAAAGGAAAGCAAGAUCAAACUCUCUCUCAGUUUGGAUAGUCAAGGCUCAUGGCAAAUUCAGUUCUUGUUACUACUUCAAAAAAGCUUAUCCAAAUAGAUGUUGUUUCAGACACUGUUUGUGCAUGGUGUUUUGUGGGGAAGAAGAACAUAGAGAAAGCUAUGGAUCUAGUCAAGGAUCAAUUUGAUUUUGAGGUGAGAUGGCAUCCAUAUUUUCUAAAUCCUUCUGCACCUAAAGAAGGUAUAAAAAAGACUGAUCUUUAUAAGCUGAAAUAUGGGGUUGAAAAAUCUGAAGCAACUUCAUCAAGAAUGAAAAAGGUAUUCCAGGGUAUCGGUCUUGAAUAUGAUCCUUCCGGGCUCACGGGAAAUACAGUAGACAGUCAUAGGCUCAUAGCAUUGGCUGCACAGCAGGGCUAUGACAAGCAAAAUGCUCUUGUGGAGGAGUUGUUCUUCAAUUACUUUUGUGAAGGGAAGUAUGUUGGAGAUCAUCAAGUUCUUUUAGAUGCUGCUGAAAAGGUUGGCAUAGAAAGAGCUGCAGACGUGCUUGAAGAUCCAAGCAAGCUGCUUGAAGAGAUCAACGAAGAGCUCGAGAAAUAUCCCGCUCGUGGCAUGGGUGUCCCUCUUUUUCUGAUAAAUGGAGAGCACAAGAUUUCUGGUGGCCAGCCACCUGAGGUGUUCUUGAAAACAUUUCAAGAAAUAGCAGAGAAUAGAACUACAUGAAUCUGCUACAAUUUACAGUAUGAAACACAUUUAAAUCUGUUUUGGAGUCUU